ACCACGCAUCCUGGACCUUCAGAUUGUUGCCCCAAAUAAUAGUUUUAAAUGAUAAGAACCUCAAAUUCAGGAUUUUUGCAUUUACAGUAGUGAUGAGGAUGAUGAAGACAUUGAGAUGUGUGACCAUGACUAUGAUGGGCUGCUUCCCAAGUCUGGAAAGCGUCACUUGGGGAAAACUAGGUGGACCAGGGAAGAGGAUGAAAAACUAAAGAAGUUGGUGGAACAGAAUGGAACAGAUGACUGGAAAGUUAUAGCCAAUUAUCUCCCGAAUCGAACAGAUGUGCAGUGCCAGCACCGAUGGCAGAAAGUACUAAACCCUGAGCUCAUCAAGGGUCCCUGGACCAAAGAGGAAGAUCAGAGAGUGAUAGAGCUUGUACAGAAAUACGGUCCGAAACGUUGGUCUGUUAUUGCCAAGCACUUAAAGGGGAGAAUUGGAAAACAAUGUAGGGAGAGGUGGCAUAACCACUUGAAUCCAGAAGUUAAGAAAACCUCCUGGACAGAAGAGGAAGACAGAAUUAUUUACCAGGCACACAAGAGGCUGGGGAACAGAUGGGCAGAAAUCGCAAAACUACUGCCUGGACGAACUGAUAAUGCUAUCAAGAACCACUGGAAUUCUACAAUGCGUCGGAAGGUGGAGCAGGAAGGUUAUCUACAGGAGUCUUCCAAAGCUAGCCAGCCAGCGGUGGCCGCAAGUUUCCAGAAGAACAGUCAUUUGAUGGGCUUUGCUCAUGCUCCGCCGUCAGCUCACCUCCCUCCAACUGGACAGCCCUCAGUGAACAACGACUAUUCCUAUUACCACAUUUCUGAAGCACAAAAUGUCUCCAGUCAUGUCCCAUAUCCUGUCGCAUUACAUGUCAAUAUAGUCAAUGUUCCACAGCCUGCUGCUGCAGCCAUUCAGAGACACUAUAAUGAUGAAGACCCUGAGAAAGAAAAACGAAUAAAGGAAUUAGAGUUGCUCCUAAUGUCAACUGAGAAUGAGCUCAAAGGACAGCAGGCGCUACCAACACAGAACCACACAUGCAGCUACCCCGGGUGGCACAGCACCACCAUCGCCGACCACACCAGACCUCAUGGAGACAGUGCACCUGUUUCCUGUUUGGAAGAGCACCACUCCACGCCAUCUCUGCCUGUGGAUCCUGGCUGCUUACCUGAAGAAAGCGCCUCUCCUGCGAGGUGCAUGAUCGUCCACCAAGGAGCCAUUCUGGAUAAUGUUAAGAACCUCUUAGAAUUUGCAGAAACACUUCAAUUUAUAGAUUCUGAUUCUUCAUCAUGGUGUGACCUCAGCAAUUUUGAACUCUUUGGAGAAGCAGAAUUUUCACCUAGCCAACAGCAUGCAGGCAAAGCCCUACAGCUCCAGCAAAGAGAGGGCAAUGUGGAUAGACCCGCAAGAGAGCCUAGCAAACGCACGUUGAGUGAGGGUUCACUUGGCCCGCUCAAGCCCGUACCUCCUGCGAGGCACAGCACCAUUCCACUGGUCAUCCUUCGAACAAAGCGGCGCCAGGCCAGCCCCUUAGCCACUGGAGACCCUAGGUCCUUCAUAUUUGCUGACGUCAGCAGUUCAACUCCCAAUCGGUCCCCUGUCAAAAGCCUGUCCUUCUCCCCCUCGCAGUUCUUAAACACUUCCAGUAAUCAUGAAAACUUAGACUUGGAAAUGCCUUCUUUAACUGCCACCCCUCUCAGUGGUCACAAAUUGACUGUUACAACACCAUUUCAUAGAGACCAGACUGUGAAAGCUCAAAAGGAAAAUACUAUUUUCAGAACUCCAGCUAUCAAAAAGUCAAUCCUAGAAAGCUCUCCUAGAACCCCUACACCAUUUAAACAUGCACUUGCAGCUCAAGAAAUAAAAUAUGGCCCCCUGAAGAUGCUACCUCAGACACCAUCUCAUCUAGUAGAAGACCUGCAGGAUGUGAUCAAACAGGAAUCUGAUGAAUCUGGAAUUGUUACCGAGUUUCAAGGAAAUGGACCUUUACUGAAGAAGAUCAAACAAGAGGUGGAAUCUCCAACUGAUAAAGCAGGAAACUUCUUCUGCUCGAACCACUGGGAAGGCGAGAAUCUGAACACUCAGCUGUUCACACAGGCAUCACCUGUGGCAGAUAUGCCAAAUAUUCUUACAAGUUCCGUUUUAAUGACGCCAGUAUCAGAGGAUGAAGACAACGUUCUCAAAGCUUUUACAGUACCUAAAAACAGGUCCCUGGCAAGUCCCUUGCAGCCUUGUAGCGGGGCCUGGGAAGCUGCAUCCUGUGGGAAGAUGGAAGAUCAGGUGACAGCCUCCGGUCAGGCUCGGAAAUAUGGGAAUGCCUUCUCAACCCGGACUCUGGUCAUGUGAGACGUUCCCAGACAAGCAUUAUGGUUUUCAGAACACUUCACGUCGACUUAGGAUAUGUCGUUCCUCUACAUGAAACUUUUCAUGAAAGGGAGAAGAACCUAUUUUUGUUGUGGUACAACAGUUGAGAGCGGCACCAAGUGCAUUUUAGGUGGAUGAAAUCUUAUCAGAUUUCACCCAACUAAAAGGAUUUUUUUAAAAAAAAUAAAUAACAGUCUUACCUAAAUUAUUAGGUAAUGAAUUGUAUCCAGUUGUUAAUAUCUUAGUGCAGAUGUUUUAAAACAUAAAGUGAUUUACCUGUAUUUUAGAAGAUCCAACAGACCAGUAUUUUUUCAUGAUGAGGUUUUUGAAAUUUUACCCAAAAUAUGGUACUCCAAUAUUUCACUUUUCUCAACCACUAAACACAAUGCAUUACUAUAAAUGUUGGUUUAAUACCAUGGGAUAAUUAAUCGAGAUUGUAAAUGCUCAUUUAUGGUUACUAACAUUGGAGGUACAUUUAUUGUACUAAACCAUUUGGUGAGUUUUUUGUUGGCUUGCUUUAAAAAUUAUUACUGUAUGAAAUAGUUUUAUAAAACAAAUUAUAUUUUUAUUCAGUAAUUUAAUUUUGUAAAUGCCAAAUGAAAAGAUGUGUCUUGCUGCUAUGGUCUUAGCCUGUAGACAUGCUGCUAGUAUGAGAGAAGCAGUAGAGCUUUGGACAGAGACUUGGUGUUAGGUAAUUGACUAUGCACUAGUAUUUCAGACUUUUUUAUUUUUUAUAUGUAUACUUUUUUUUUCCUUUUGUAAUACAUUGGAAAACUUAUUUGGGAGAUUUUUGCAUUUGUUUUUUGUUAUUUUUUGUUGUUGUUAACUGUGGUUCAUAAGAGCAUGUAUUGCACUUAUUUUUUGGGAGAUUUAUGUUGUUGGUGUCCUGUUUUGUUUUGAGUUCGGCCUGACUGUUCCUAAAUUCAAAUGUAUGUGUUUGAUCAGCAUUCCUCUUGGUUUUGAAGUGUCUGGUCUGAGAACUGCUGCACAUGUGGAACCUGUGUUUGCGGCUGGGCUGGAGAGACUAGGGUCCGUAGUCAGUGGCUGCCUUAACAACGUUUGGUACAACAUCACUAGCACUGAAUUUUUGAUACGACAAUGUACUUACUGCCUUGUAGUGAAAUAAAGCUGUGCCCUUAUUUUACCUA